UAGGUAUUUAGUUAGUGGGCGGUUUCGAAUACAGCCGUGUUCUUUGGUGUCCUUGUUUAUUAUAUUAGCUACCCAUUUAAAGACAAAUACAAGAAAACACGCAGUCAUUUUCCUUUUUUGAAGCCUACAAAACCUGAAAAAGGUUUCGUUUGCCAGUUGAAUUAUCGGGUGAUCACGGACGGACCCUGCCGCAGGUCACGUAGGGGUUGAAAGCGCAGGUGGUUGCUGCUACAGUCUGUGUGGCCAACCGUAAGAUCUUCUGCCAACGAAAAUGUCUUGGAUUGUUCUGGAUAAAUUAAUCGAUACCCCCACAUGGGACGAAUGUUACGCCACCGACUGGCGGUCUCCAGAUGACACCUUGACGAUAACGUGUAAGUCCGCGUUGGACGAUUCAGAGGAGAAAGAUCCUGUAGAGCCAAAGGAUGAAGAAUGUUUUUCAGUUCCUUCGCCCCCCAGUUCCUCGUUCCCAUCCCCUGCAACAUCUUGGUCACCAGCUCACAAAGCUUCGUGGACCAGGUCUGUCACUCAAAAUCAGUGGAGAGCUGCUGCAUCCCACCCGUAUAAGACCAGAGGGCACCAUGGGUUCAGAGCACCCGUUUUCAUGCACCACAGGUGUGGCUGCUGCUGCUGCUGCAAUUGUAGCCACAGGAGAUACCGACCAUGGCGAUUCAGACCAUGGAGAGCCAGACAAAGGAGACGCAGGCCAACUAGAUGCACGCCGAGAGUACCAUCAUGGCAACACCUUCCUGUGACCAUCCAGCCUACCAAGUGGUACCAAGUUGCCGGGAGAAUGCGGUGCAGCCAGUGCUAUGCCCAGGGAUGGCACUGUAUGACGUCUUGGAUGUGCCAGAGCUGCCAGGUGCCCCUUUGCCUGUUGCCAUAUAGGAACUGCUACGCCGAGUGGCACGGUCAGCAAUGUUGAGCUCAGAGGGCGGAAGUUGCCUUUCGUGGGAGCGAACGGCAGUGAAAGUUUAUUCUCUAAUGAUGGGAUAAGUUCUUGUGUUAGUGCAGCUUUAGUUAGCCUGUAGGCUUUUCCUGUUUAUUCGUUACUCUCAAAUUUGUAGGCAACUUGCAAGCUGCUGAGUAUUGCAAUGCAGAAUAUUGAUUUGGCGUUUACAUGAGAGACAGCACUUGUUUUUACUUUCUCUGAGUAAAAUUCUCUUCUAAAGUUCCUGUGGAAAAAUGUAUUUUCUUUGGAUGGUCAACAGGUUUGCACUCUGUUAGUCGUAUAUUCCCAUUGUGACUAUGUAUUUUAGGAACAACAAUUUCUAUUGGAUUUUUCUGGUUCUGUUUCUAAGUAAAUUGCAGAAGUU